GUUCUACAUAACAGGAUGUACAAGUUUUUAUUCUACUUAUUCCGUGAGGUCCUACCACAGUUAGGCGGAGGAGCAAAGUUGGAGAUUUUGAGCAUUGGAAUGUGUUCUUCGUCCUCAGAGGAGAACCAAUUGAUAGAGCUUCGUACACAAAAUUAUGAGAUAGAUUCAAAGCUGCAUAAAUCGCAAAAUGACCAGGCUAUCCUUCAGGAAAAAUGCAACAGUCAAGAAAAAGAAAUUCAGAAACUUUCAAAACUGAUGAAAUUUCCUGGUUUCCAAGCCAUCACAAAGAGUAAAUCAAAAAAGGAUUUGCAAGAGUUGCUAGAAGAAAAUGAAAGAUUAAACCAACAAAUGCAGAGACACGAAGAUGAUUUUAAGCUGCAAAAUCAAACUUUACUGCAAGAAGUAUCUAGAUUGUCAGCUGAAAACGAAGAGCUGCAGAAAUCUUCUCAUUCAACAUCCCUACAAGAUAAUGAUGAGUACAGGCGUUUAAAAGCUGAAAAUUCUGUCUUGCAACAAACUAUUCAAGAACUUUCAAAAGAGACAGUUACCGCACCAUCUUCACAGCCUGAUACAAUUGCAGAAAAUGAUAAUGUUGAUAUUUACUCAAAAAUUGACAACACAUAUGAAGAAAUGCAACUGAUUAUUGAAAAUGUAUUAAAUUUAUCAAAGACUAGUUCCCCAGAGACUAAUCUGGAACAAGAUUUUACAGACUCUGUGCCCAGAGUUAACAAAGACGAUACUAUGGUGGAGCUCAGGGAAUCCAUGGAUAAAUGUAUAAACAGUUUGAAAACAAUAACUUCGUCAAAAUGCACGUUGCCUGCUAAUUCCAAUAACAACACAGAUCACCAAAUCAAACUUCAAACAGCUUUACACGAAACACAAAUGUUACAGGAACAAUUGAACUCUGUAAAGAGUUCUUCAAAGCAAGAAGUACAACAGUUAAGACAAGAAGUUGAAAAGUGGUCAGAGAAGGCACGAAAGAAACAAGAAAGCUUUACCAAGCUGCAAGAUGAAAAAGAAAAAAUGUACGAAGCAAACAGAUUAGCUCAAAACAAAUUGAAAGAUGAUAGUAUAAAAAAGGAGAAGGAGCUUCAGGAAAUUAUCAACAACUUAGAAGCAACCUUACAGUCUAAAAAUAAUGAUAACAAAGUUGAUGAUCUUCAAGGACAGUUGGAUGUAAUAAGAAGUGAAAACCAAGCCAUGCAAACUGAACUUAUAGCAUUGAAAGAGAAACAUCGCAUUGAUCAGUCUGAGAAGAUAAAAGAUCUUGAGAAUCGGUUGGAAAGUGUUACAAACGAGAGGGAUACCUGUUUAUCACAGAUUCAGGAACUGUCUAGUAAAAACGAAUCAUUAUCCUGCUCAAUAGAGGAUGUACAAAAGAAUGCCAGUGAUAUGAAGACACAGCUAUCUCAAGCAAAUGAGUUGGCAGAUAAAAGAAAAAAGCUCCUUGACGAAUCCUCACUUGAACGUCAUAAAGACAUUGAAAAUAAUCAAUCAAAAUUGCAGGAAGUGAAAGAGCGGUUUGAAAAAGAAAUACAGAAUUUAGUGACAAAACACAAUGAAGAAAUAGAAGAUUUAAAGAAACAAAUUACAAACCACAAGAAAUUAAAAAAAGAAUUAGAAGAAACAAAACAACGGAACAUAAGUUUAGAAGAACAAGUAGAAUCAAUGGAUAAAAAAUCAGGCUGGCUAGAGAGAAGUUUGAAAGAGACUGAGGAGAAAAUGGAGAAGUCACAGAAAGAGCACGAAGAACAAAUAGAUAAAUUAGAAGCAAAGAUGAAGACAGACAAAGAAGAAUUGGAUCUACACCAUACAACUGUAAUAAAGGAACUGGAAGAUUCUUUUAAAAAGCUAGAAAUAGAAAAAAACGAACAGCUAUCUCUAGCGGAGAAUUUAAAACAGGCAGCUAAAGACAGAGAAGUGGAAUAUCGAAUUGCUAACAAAAAGACCGAUCAUUUGAUCAAAGAUUUAAAGCGACAGUUAAAUGGUGAGCGAAAAAGAGCUGAUCAGUUGCAGAUGAAAUUGCAAGAUUUUAUCCAAGAAGUUAAAGUAAAACAAACAUACGAUGAGAUUUUCAAUCCAGAAUCACUUCAGUUAAAAAUUGCAGCUGGUCAUAGAAGACAAGACAGUGGGAGCCAUCUAUCACUGGUGUCAUCUAUAAGUGGUGCAGAUAAUGAAGAUGCAGGCAGAUCACUGAAAACAAGUAGUCCUGUCGAAAGUUCGACAAAUCUUUCUGGUUUAAGUGACGAAACGAUGGAUUUGAUAUCGCGAAUUGCGGAUUUGCAACAACAAAAGUGGUUACUGGAAGAAAGGGUACGUCACCUGGAAGAGAACGGUGCUGCAAUGGCGGACGAUUUGAUGCAGAAAUCACUUGUUAUUCAAGCAUAUGUGAUGGAGAACAAAGCUGAUACUACACCUCAAAGACGUCGGUCUCUUACUUUAAAAGAAAAAAUGAUGGACAAGCUGAAGUUACAUAACAACGAAGAACUAAACCGUGAAAUCAACGCUAAAAUGCAGAGAAUGUUGGAAGAGACGCUAGCUAGAAAUGCGCAGUUGCAACAGGACGUCGACCUAUUAUCGAAGGAACUUCAAACUGCAACACAAAAAUCUUAGGUAUAACACACAAAUUGAAAUAUUAUAAAAAUUAUACAAAUUUGUAUAUAUUAUGUUUUGUAAAAUUAUACAGUUUUAAGUAUUAUAUUUUUUUGGUUAUUUUUUCUUCCGAUAUCUGGCUCAACCUGAGCAUGUUGGGUGAUACUUUCACAGUCUCUGAUUGUGUUUGUUACUUCAAGGUAUUAUUUUUAACAUUUUUAUACUUCAACGUGUAUAUAAUAGAGUUUAACUAAUUGUCAGAAAUUUCGCGGUUUUGCGUUUUUUUUGAAAAUUCCCAAAAGUAAAUUUUACGAAGGAUCAGGUCUUUUUAGCGAAUUUUUUUCCCGCAAAACUUUCUGACAAUAUAGAAAAUUAUGCUUUUUUUAUAAAAUGCUAAAAUCUAACCAGACUGGUCAUUCUUUUUAUUUCUGUGUUGCUUUAAACAAUAGACCAAUUUUUUUUUUAUCCUAGUCUGAUAUUCUUAUAAAAGAUAUUCUUAUAAAAACUCAUGCAAUGCAUCGAAAGUGAGACGAUAAAAAAAUUGUAACAGUAUAUUCUCAUUAAAGGAAAAAUCUGUUCAAUGAAUUUUGAAAAACAUUUCUUCGUUUCACAGUACGACGUGAUUGUUAUUAUGUUGCCUCUUAAUAGCCUUUUCUUUUUUGGUCUUGAUUAACUCAACGAGACAACACAUAAAAUCGGCCAAAGAAAACAAUUGCCGCCAUUGAGAAACUGAUGCAACGAGAUUUUUCUCAGAUUGUUGUUGACCAUUUUUCUGGGGGUGUUGUUGGUGCUUAAACCGAAAUUCACUGCAUUCGCUUUAUAUGUUUUCUCCUCUAAUUAUUAUAAUUUAUCCAUGCAUAAUUUACACGUAAUUAUUAAUUAUUUUAUUUGAUUACGAUUUUGAAAAUAUGUAAAUAUUUGGGAAUACAAAUUUAAGCAUGUGUUUUUUA